AUGGCGCAAAUACGUGGUACAGCGGGCUACAACCUGGGCCUCAACAACCAGUUUGGAUCUCAGAAGAAUAUGGAUGCCACGAGUGAUCCCAGUCCGCUUGACCAGAUCCGGGAGCAGACUAGCAAGAUUGAGGAUUGGCUGAAUACCAUGGGGGAGCCACUGAAACCGUAUCUCCCUGCUAUCGGACGCUUCCUGAUCGUCGUUACGUUCUUCGAAGAUGCACUACGAAUUAUCACCCAGUGGGGCGACCAGCUCACGUACCUGAGGGACUUUCGACACAUCCCCUGGGGCAUCACACACCUCUUCCUCCUCUAUAACGUGGUCGUCAUGUCCGUCGCUUCCACACUCGUCAUCGCGCGCCGCUAUGGCGAAUAUGCCGUUGCUGGGCUCCUCUCAGUCGUGGUAGUCCAAGCGCUCGGGUACGGCCUCAUCUUCGAUCUCAACUUUUUCCUUCGCAAUCUCUCAGUCAUCGGCGGCCUUCUUAUGGUCCUCGGCGACAGCUUUGUUAAGAAAAGGGUAUUUGCAGGUCUACCUACCAUCGACGAAAAGGACAAGAAGAUGUACAUCCAGCUGGGUGGCCGAGUGUUGCUUAUUUUCUUGUUCGUUGGAUUCGUCUUUGCCGGCGAAUGGAGCAUCUGGAGAGUCCUUGUCAGCCUGAUCGGCUUCGUGGCUUGUGUCAUGGUCGUGGUGGGAUUCAAGGCCAAACUCAGUGCCAUCAUCUUGGUGUUGCUGCUCAGCGUCUUCAACAUCCUGGUCAACAACUUCUGGACGCUUCACAAGAACCACCCCCAUAAGGACUUCGCCAAGUAUGAUUUCUUCCAGAUCCUUUCUAUCAUGGGCGGUCUCUUGUUGCUGGUUAACAUGGGACCUGGCCAGCUCAGCGUGGAUGAGAAAAAGAAAGUUUACUAG